GCGGCGAUCGUCCAGACGAGAGCGAGGGCGUGGCUUUGAUUGGCGGAAAAAGGGGGCGGGAAGGCAGCUGAUUGGUCGCUGAGCGGCGCGAAAGAGGCGGCGAAAGGAGGAUAAAGGAGGAGUCUGAGGGGGCUGAGCGACGCAAUGAGCUUUGGCCGUUUAGUGCGGAGGACGCUGCUGUGUGGGGUGCUGACGGCGCGGGGACUGACGCGGACCAUGUGUGCCCAAGAAGUCGACUGGAAAUCUGCCAAAUCCAUCUAUGACUUCCGCGCCAUAGAUAUUGAUGGCAAUGACAUCCCACUGGAGAAAUACAGGGGCCACGUCUGCAUCAUCACCAACGUCGCCUCCAAAUGAGGCAAGACGGACGUAAACUACACUCAGUUUGUCGACUUAUAUGGUCGAUAUGCUGAGAAGGGUUUACGCAUCCUGGCCUUUCCUUGCAACCAGUUCGGCAAACAGGAGCCGGGCACCAAUGAGGAGAUCAAAGCCUUUGCUGCAGGCUACGGGGUGAAGUUUGACAUGUUCAGCAAAAUUGAUGUGAACGGUGACGAUGCCCACCCUCUCUGGAAGUGGAUGAAGAGCCAGCCCAAGGGCAGAGGCACCCUGGGGAAUGCCAUUAAAUGGAACUUCAGUAAGUUCCUCAUCAACAAAGAAGGCCAGGUGGUCAAGAGGUACAGUCCGAUGGACGACCCAUUCGUGAUUGAGAAGGAUCUGCCCACCUUCCUGUAGGCUGGCUCCCCUUGCCCUGGACUGCUGUGCCCCCGGAGCUGCUCUGCUGCUUUCCCCUUGGAGCCUGCUUUUCCUGCCUGAUGACGGCCUGCCUUCAAACCAAGCCUUUUGGUGGGGCAGGCCUGAAAACUCGACAUGUGUGCAGGAAAGGAGGAGGCCCCCUCGGGCAGGCGGGAGGAGCUGCUGGGUGGAGCUGCUGUCAUACUGAGCCUGUAGCAAUAAAACUUUGUUCUCCUCAA